CAUCUGAGUGUUGUCUUUAGAGUUAUUACUUAUUAGUUUUUGCUUUGAUAUAUAGGCAAUUUAGUUAGUGUGUCAUCAUCGGUGUGCAAUUUAACUCGUCCUAAAUCUUCACCAGGACCGAUCCAUAGUCAACCACACUAGGGUUUCAUUUCUUGGGACGAGAUACGGUGACAACCCCUAAGGGGGUUGUCAGAUUCACAACUCACUUCAUAGCCCUUGGAUACGCUCUCUCUCCUGUCUCUUUCUUCUUUUUUUAAAUUAACGGUUAAGAUUAAAGGAAGGAUAUUUUUGGAAAGGUAAAAAUUUACCACACCCAAUCAUUCCCCCUACCAUAUAAAAAGAAAAAAACCCUAACCCUCCAUCCUCCCUCUCUCCCGUACAGCAGGAUUCACCGUCGCAGAUCUUCAUCCUAUCGGGCCAGAGCAACAUGGCCGGCCGCAGCGGCGUAAUCGCCAACCACCACAAAAAGAUCUGGGACGGGAUCGUGCCGCCGGCGUGCGAAUCUCACCAUGCAAUCCUCCGCCUCUCAGCCGAUCUCCGCUACGGCGGCAGUCCCUCUCCACGCCGACAUCGACGCGGGGAAAGCUUGCGGGUACCACUCCGCCCAUCUCUUUUGAUCAUUGCAAUAUCGCCUCCAUCCUUGUAUCUCUUCGAUAAUCUGUGCACCAAAACUUUUAUUGGAAGCCUCAUACUACCAGAGAUCCCUUUCUCAGGAAACUCUAUCGAACCAACUCCUGCUGACAAGUGCUGCAAUAUCUACAAGCUCAACGGUGCUGCAAAUUUGACUCUGCUUGUGUCCCUGAAGUGUCCCGUGAGGGAUCGGUUGUGCGGCGUCGGUAGCGGUGCGAUUGGGUUGGUUCCGUGCGUCGUGGGAGGGACGACGAUCUGAUUUUUUGUUUGUCUCUACUGGUACCAAUACCAGUAGCUCCCCUAUCAUCUGGUACCACUAUCAUCUGUUUUUUUUUGUGUUAUUCUCUACUGGUACCGUUACCAAUGUUAGUGGUAGUGCUACCAGUGCUAGUAGCGUUGUGUUAUUCUCUACUGGUACCGCUACUAAUAUGGUAGUGGUAUCGUUGUACUGGUAGCGUACCACUAGUACUGGUACAUUUUUUACUGAUACCGCUAGUACUGGUACAUUUUUUAACGUACUGGUAGCGUACCUCUAGCACUGGUACAUUUUUUACUGGUACCGCUAGUACUGGUACAUUUUUUAACGUACUGGUAGCGUACCACUAGCACUGGUAUAUUAAUUACCAGUAGACUAAUAGAUUGGUACACUUUUUAACGCAUUGGUACAUUUUUUCAGGUUGCCGGAGGGAGUCUGCAGGAGAGAAUUCGCCGGAGAAAAAGUUUGUCGGUCGAUGCGGAGUGGCUGCUGGAGAAAGGAAGAGAGAGAGAGAUAGAUAGAGAUAUUAAUGUAUAGGAUUUAAAUUUCAGAAAAAAAAUUGUAUUUAAUAUGGGUUUUUAAUUCCCAAUAUAAUUAAUACAAAAAAGGUAAUUAAUAUAUUCCUUUUUCUCAUACCCAAAAUACCCUUGGUUGUGAAUCUGACAACCCCCAAGGGGGUUGUCACCGUAUCCCGUCCCUCAUUUCUUUUAUCAUUGGGUUUGGGUUCUCAACUACCCAAAUCAAUAAAUAUGGGUCAGUUGAUUAAGAAGGUCUAAAAUCGACCCACCUAAUCGGGGUCGGUUAGCAUGCUAACCUCCCUUAGGGGUUGGAAAAAUGACACCCCCUAGUAUAUUAAAUACAACUAUAAUUAAUACACAAUAAUUAAUACACACAUUAAAUACACAUUAGGAAUUAAAUGUACCAUAUUAAUUAGGAAUUCUCUCACUAUUAAAUACAUAUUAGGAAUUAAAUACACACAUUAAAUACACAUUAGGAAUUCUCUCACUAUAUUUGAUUUUUCCUUUUUCAGCAGUCUCCGACCACUAGACUUCCUCCGACCGCCACACUUCUCCGGUGAAAAUCCCAUCGGCAGACUCCCUCCGACCACCUCAAAAAAAUACCACUGCACUGAUACGGUGUACCACUGUACCGGUAGAUAUACCACUGCACUGAUACGUUGUACCACUGCACUGGUAGCAACUAGCAAUAUCAGUGCACUGGUAGCAAUGUCAUAUCUGAGUAUCAGUGCAGUGGUACAAAUACCAGUAAAGUGGUAAUUAAUGUGGUGUAUUUAAUGCUUACUUUGUAUUUAAUAACAGAACAUUUAUUAUGUUUACUUUCAUUAAUACUUGUCAAUAAUUAAUGAAAAAUUGACCAAUUAAAAGGGGGUGUCAAAAAACCAACCCCUUAAGGGGUUAGCAUGCUAACCCGUCCCCACCUAAUCCACCUACACCCCUAGAGACGAGGGUCAUUAACUUUAGAGCAAUUUAACGGUGUUGGCUUGAGGUAUAAAUAUAUCAUAAGCCCUAACCGUUGACCUCUUCAUGGCACGGCCGACCGGUUCUUUUCCUUUGUCAUUGUGGAGUCGCAUUACAACAAAAUAAGUGUACCAUUCGGUCGAUCGUUUUUCUGAAGAAAUCAACUAUUCCCUAAAAUGAUAGACCGUUUUAUUCAAGUCAUGUGACUUGACAUAUUCUUUGGUUAUGAACAAAAUAUUGUUAAAGUU